AUGCCGCAAGAAGAUGAUGAUGGUGACUGGCGCUGCGACGGCGUCGUCUACGACAAGAUGGUGCGUGGUGAUCGGUGCUGCGAUGGUGUCGUCCACGGCAAGGUGCUGCGGGUGAUCCGCAUCGAAGAAGAUGAUAUCAAGAUUAGGGGCUCUCACACACCCACACCAUACACAAGUCCGGCGAGCUUCUCUCCAAAGUCCGUCGUCCCCUACCUACAACCCGAGAAGCCUCACAGCGCCGGCCAUGGCCUCCUCCUGGUCCACCGGCCUCUUCGGCUGUUCAGCAGCUGCUGCCUGACGUGCUUCUGCCCCUGCGUCGCCUUCGGGCGGAUCGCCCACACCGUCGACAGGGGAACCUCAUCUUGCUGCCUGCGCGGGACGGCGUACAUGCUGCUGGCGUGGGUGGGGCUGGGCUGCCUCUGCUCCUGCUGCUACAGCUCCAGGAUGCGGGAGCAGUACGGGCUCAAGGAGAAGCCCUGCGCCGACUGCUGCGUCCACCUCUUCUGCGACCCCUGCGCCCUCUGCCAGGAGUACCGCGAGCUCAAGAGCCGCGGCUUCGACAUGAGCCUCGGGUGGCAUGCCAACGUUGAGAGGAUGGGGAAGAGCGCUCCGACCGCUGCGCCUCAGGCUUACCCGGGGAUGACUCGCUAGUGUGUCGCCACUCCUCAUCGAUGUAUCCAUGGAUAAUAUCGGCUUCCCGCUCAAGAAAAAGGAUGCCAGCCAGUCUCAGCUUCUACUUCUGUAUUGUAUUGUAUUGCAUUGUAGUGUCGCGAGUUAGUUCAUUUGAUUGAAUUUGUCAUCAUGCGUGUGCCUUUCUGUUGUUGCAUCUAGUUUUCCAUCCAUCCAUCCCCACCAUCAGUGAUGAUGUUUAGACAUUUCAAUAAGAGCUAUCGGAUCCUUUUGGAAAUAGCCAGAGUCGACCUUGUUAUGUAGCAUAAUGCUUUAUUAACUUUUAGUCGUAUUAAGCGUGUCAAGUGUAAUGUAUAUGAGCAAUGUCAACUGCCCCCAACU